CUCAAAUAUGUUGUGAUUUAUUUUUAAAAACUAAACACAGUCGUAUACAAUGGGGGAUGCUGUAUUGGAAGCAGUUCUUAUUCAAAAGGGUUCUGAUCCCAAAGCCUUUCAAGAGGAAAAGGGUCUGGAGAAGAUUGAUACAUCCGUUCAAGAACCCAGGGAUAUCCCAAAGUCAGAAGGGAUAACUUUUUGUGUCUUCCAAGACGAGUCACAGUUGAAGGUGCUCAUGAGCCUGAUCGACAAGGAGCUUUCCGAGCCGUACUCCAUUUACACCUAUCGCUACUUUGUGUACAACUGGCCAGACCUCUGCUUCUUCGCCCUGGAUGGAGAUCGCUACGUGGGCGUGAUAGUGUGCAAGUUGGAAGCGACGAGAGAAGGACUUCUGCAGGGCUAUAUCGCCAUGUUGGCGGUGGAUGUGGAGUACAGGAAGCGGGGUAUUGGAAAGGCGCUCUCGGAAAUGGCGAUUGAAGCCAUGGCGAUGAAGGACGCAGCCAUGAUUGUCCUGGAAACGGAGCUGAGCAACAAACCUGCAUUGGCACUCUAUCAGAGUCUGGGAUUUAUACGGGAACGGCGUUUUUUGCGUUACUACAUGAAUGGCGUGGAUGCCUUUCAUCUGAAGCUAAUGCUCCACGAUCACGGCGCCUUGUCCUUGAACGAGGAUUAGUGUAGUUAGAGACAGUUUCCCGUUGUUAAUGAGUGCUUCUGAUCGGUUUCGAGUUGGUCUGCCCUUAUGACCUUUGCUCCGUUCCCUUCAAUUAGCGCCCCAGCGUGCUGCUACUUGGGUAGCCCAGGAGAUGCGGAGACUCUGUAGUCCGGGAACACCUCAAAUCAGGUAGAUGAAACUCCGCCGCCUAAUUGAGCCGCAAAACGGGCUAUGUCGAUGGAAACUGGCAAGAGUCAUGCCGGGCAGGGUGAUCAAACCGAUCGACCAGAAGGGAUAAUUGCUUCUCAGGGUCAAAGUCUCGACACAUUAAGGAGCACUCGUCGCCUCGAUAAGGCUAUGCUUUGAUAGGAGGUCCUGCAUCGGCAUUCCCUUCCGAUUCAUUCAAACCGAUUGAGGAGAUCGCAAAGUUCUCGAAGAAUGUCUUUCAGCAGUUAUUUAGAAGGUCGUUGUGCUAGAGUUGUUUGUUUUGAUGGGGCUCGUUUGAUAGUAAAUGAAUUUCUGGUGGUCCUUAAGUAUUUGUUGACGUAUAUUAUGGUUUAAAUUGUCUGUAGUACGAAACUCAUUUUCAGUUAACUGAAUGAUACAAUAAUAAACAUUGGAUUGGGAUUAAGUAUA